AUGUAUGCGGCUGUGGCGUUCGAGACGACGACGUUGGGUACACUUGGUGUGCUUGGAAAAGAGGUCUUGAACUUUGGAAAGGGGACUUGGAGGCGGUUUUUUAGGUGGUUGGCCAUGCUGAGUAUGCUUCUUUCGACAGCGUACGCGUUGAGUUUUCCAACGCUGAUGGCGGCUAUGACGGGUUACAUUACGACGUAUGAGCCGUAUGUCGAGGACUACGAGCAUAAUCUUAUCGAGUGGAGUAAGAUUAAGGAGGUCGUUUACGUGGUGCAUGAUAGUACGAGGCUCGUGGAUUAUGAUAGGUCGCCACUUGUAGUCACAUCGGACGAUGAGGUGUUGAUGAAGGCAGUGGACGCUUAUAUUUCCCAGUUCAAAGAUGAUGGCGUCCAAUACCAUGCCGAUGAUGGACCAGGCAUUGGUAACUUCUUUGUUGCAAACGAGACAUCAGAAUUCGAUGCCUCUGGCGAUGGGCAGUCUGUGAAAUUGCCUGCUCCAAGCCUCAAUAUAACAGAGUACGAUUCAAAUUUUUUGCAGAACCAUUCUCCAGGGGAAGAGCCGUAUGACGUGGAGUUGCCUUCCUCAGAAGUCCGAGCUGAUCGAUUCGCAUUCGCGUUCGAAAGAGCAGGCAACACUCUCUACAACUCCACCUAUCUACGUGAAAAAGGAUCCUGUAAACCCAGCGAAGAGUAUCAAUGGGGCUUCUCGUACAUCUUUCUCUUCAUGGUUUCAAUCUUCAACUUCAUAUGGACGUGUAUCAUGGUGGGUAUGUGGCUCGACACGAGACGUGCAUCGAGAAUGUACAAGAGUGGCCGGAGACCGGGUCUUAUACGCUCCAUUAUGGACUACUCAGCAGCUGUCCGAGAAGAGCUGGGUGUAGAAGCGGAAAGUCUAGAGGAAGAUGAGUUGAGGAAGCGUGUACGUGAGAGUGGAGGUGCACUUGUUGUGCCGAAAACUGAACUCAGGGUCAGACGGGCAGACAACUCUGAGUUACAAGAGAGCAAGGGGAGUUGGAAGAAGAGUUUAACGAGUGGUAGUAGCUUUUAA